AUGGGUAAAAAAAUAGUCUUCAAUAUAUCAAGUGAAUUUCAAUUAAAAUCGCUUUUAGGAGAAGGUGCGUAUGGCAUUGUAUGUUCUGCCACCCAUAAACCCACUGGUGAAACAGUGGCAAUAAAGAAGAUUGAGCCAUUUGAUAAGCCAUUAUUUGCAUUAAGAACAUUAAGAGAAAUCAAAUUGUUGAAACACUUCCAGCAUGAAAAUAUUAUAUCGCUUUUUGAUCUUCAAAAACCUGAUUCAUUCGAGAACUUUAAUGAGGUUUACAUCAUUCAAGAACUCAUGCAAACUGACCUACAUCGUGUUAUCUCUACACAACAACUAUCCGAUGACCAUUUACAAUACUUUAUAUAUCAAACUUUAAGAGCAGUAAAAAUUUUGCAUAGUUGUAAUGUAAUUCACAGGGAUUUGAAACCUUCUAAUUUAUUAAUAAAUUCUAAUUGUGAUUUGAAAGUAUGUGAUUUAGGAUUAGCUAGAAUAGGAAAGGACAACGAUUCGGAUGGUGAUGAACAAGAUACCAGUGCGAUGACUGAAUAUGUAGCCACGAGAUGGUACAGAGCACCUGAAGUCAUGUUAACGGCAGCUAAAUACACCAAAGCCAUGGACAUAUGGUCAUGUGGAUGUAUCUUAGCUGAAUUAUUUCUAAAGAGACCAAUUUUUCCCGGUAAAGAUUACAGGCAUCAACUUAUGUUAAUAUUUGGAUUUGUCGGAACACCCGAUGAAGAAGGUUUACAAUGCAUAGAGAGUCAAAGAGCAAGGCAGUACAUCGCAUCAUUACCAUCUUACGAUCCAGUGAACGUUGAAGAAGUUUUCAAAGGAGUGAACCCAUUAGGUAUUGAUUUAUUACAAAAAAUGUUAGUAUUCGACCCAGCCAAGAGAAUAACAGCUGAAGAAGCAUUAAAUCAUCCAUAUCUAGAUGUCUACCAUGAUCCUAACGAUGAACCGGAUGGUGAACCUAUACCCCUUAACUUCUUUGAAUUCGACAAGUAUAAAAGUACGUUAACUACAAAGGAUCUUAAAAACUUAUUAUGGCAAGAAAUUUUCUCUUCUUAA